AUAGGGGUUGUGGUUGUAGCAAACUUUGGGACGUUUCUCAUUUUAUGACAUUAAAUUAGAUCAGAGAGAGAGAGAGAGAGAGAGAGAGAGUUUGGACAUUGGACAUAUUGGACGUUGUUUGAGGAACUUCGAUCUCUGCCUCUCACUUACCUCCUUCCUUCCUUGUUGUUUGUACACAAUUCUAUGGCUUCUCCCUUCCGUUCAGACAUAUUGAGAGGGAAGGUGGCUUUGAUUACUGGAGGCGGCUCUGGAAUCGGCUUCGAAAUCGCCACCCAAUUCGGUCAACAUGGAGCUUCCAUUGCCAUCAUGGGUCGAAGGAAGCAAGUCCUCGAUUCCGCCGUCGCCGCUCUCCGAUCUCUCGGAAUCUCGGCAUUUGGGUUUGAAGGUGAUGUUCGUAAACAAGAAGACGCAAGUAGUGUAGUGGACUCUACUUUCAAUAAACUUGGUAGUCUGGACAUUCUUGUGAAUGCAGCAGCUGGGAACUUUCUGGUAUCAGCAGAAGAUUUGUCUCCAAAUGGAUUUCGAACAGUUAUGGAUAUUGAUUCAGUUGGCACAUUCACAAUGUGCCAUCAAGCCCUCAAAUAUCUCAAGAAAGGUGGACCUGGAAGGAAUUCACUUACCGGCGGAACAAUUAUUAAUAUUAGUGCAACUUUGCACUACACAGCUGCAUGGUAUCAAAUUCAUGUAUCUGCAGCCAAGGCAGCUGUAGACGCUAUUACAAGAAAUUUAGCUCUGGAGUGGGGAGCUGAUCAUGAUAUUAGGGUAAAUGGCAUUGCACCUGGACCCAUCCAGGGGACUCCUGGUCUGAGUAAACUCGCACCUGAAGAGAUAAAUAGCAAAAUAAGGGAAGAUAUGCCUUUGUACAGAAUAGGAGAAAAAUGGGAUAUUGCUAUGGCUGCUCUUUACCUUGCCUCGGAUGCAGGUAAAUACGUGAAUGGAACGACUAUCAUUGCUGAUGGAGGUAUGUGGUUGAGCUCACCACGUCGGUUGCCCAAGGAUGCUGUUAAGCAGUUGUCACGAGUAGUGGAAAAGAGGUCUAGAAAUUUACCUGUUGGUGCUCCAAAAAGCAAGCUGUGAUGACCAACGUAACCAAUUUGAUAAGUUAGUGCUGAAUGUGCGCUUUUUAGGUAUUACUGUUGGGCAUUAUUCAAGGAAUCCAAAUUUAUGUCCACCAGAAAGUUAAAUCUAACUGGGAAUGGGAAAUUUGAUUCCACAUAUUAUGUGACAGCUUCAACGCAUAUCUAUUUAUGUACUUUACACUAUGGCUGUAAUUGCAAGAACCGGGAUAGUAUGAAAUUAGUUCUCAGAGAUUGUAGAAAGAAGACUCUGGUUUAUCUUAAA